CUCUCACUAGCGCUGCUAGUGGACAAUCAAACCUACACACCCACCUCCAGACACACUCGCAUUUCUCAUUUCUUACUUCUAGUCUAAAUUAGAUAGCAAGACGUAGUGUCGGAGCUCGCAGAUCGCAUAGAAUUAGUUUUAAGUACUAGCGGUAGUUAAACAGUAAAUCUGAAAUUCAACAUGGAGUCCCCUCCAGAUCCAGCGAGCGACCCGGGCAACAGCGCCUCGGAGCCGGCUACCCCGGUCAGGGAAACCCCGGUAAACCUGGAGACGCUCCGGAAAGCGGACCAUCCAGCCCCGGUUCGAAGGCAGACCUGUUCAAGCACCAACAGAGGUAUCUCAGUAACAAAGAAGACUCAUACCUCUCAAAUCGAAAUAAUUCCCUGCAAGAUCUGUGGAGACAAAUCAUCAGGCAUCCAUUACGGCGUGAUAACAUGUGAAGGCUGUAAGGGCUUCUUCAGGAGGAGUCAGCAGAGCAAUGCAGCCUACUCCUGCCCCCGUCAGAAGAACUGCCUGAUCGACCGUACCAGCCGCAACCGCUGCCAGCACUGCCGGCUGCAGAAGUGCCUGGCAGUGGGCAUGUCACGAGAUGCGGUGAAGUUUGGCCGCAUGUCGAAGAAGCAGCGAGACAGCCUGUACGCUGAGGUCCAGAAGCACCGACUGCAGCAGCAGCAGCGUGACCACCAACAACAGCCUGGAGAGGCGGAGCCGCUCACACCUAGCUAUGGCCUCUCAGCCAAUGGCCUCACAGAGCUCCAUGACGACCUCAGCGGCUACAUGGAUGGUCACACCCCUGAUGGCAGCAAACCAGACUCGGCAGUCAGCAGCUUCUACCUGGACAUCCAGCCAUCUCCUGACCAGUCAGGCCUGGACAUUAACGGCAUCAAGCCGGAGCCCAUCUGCGACUUUGCCCCCGGCUCUGGCUUCUUUCCUUACUGCUCCUUCACCAAUGGAGAAACCUCCCCCACCGUGUCCAUGGCUGAACUAGAGCACCUGGCCCAGAAUAUCUCCAAGUCACACAUGGAGACAUGUCAGUACCUGAGGGAGGAGCUGCAGCAGAUGACCUGGCAGGCCUUCCUGCAGGAAGAGGUGGAGAACUACCAGAGCAAGCCCCGGGAAGUCAUGUGGCAGCUGUGUGCUAUCAAAAUAACAGAGGCCAUUCAGUAUGUGGUGGAGUUCGCCAAGCGCAUCGACGGCUUCAUGGAGCUGUGUCAGAACGAUCAGAUAGUGCUGCUGAAAGCAGGCUCUUUGGAAGUUGUGUUUGUCAGAAUGUGCCGUGCCUUUGACUCGCAAAACAACACAGUCUAUUUUGAUGGAAAGUAUGCCGGACCUGAUGUGUUCAAGUCAUUAGGCUGUGACGACUUGAUCAGCUCCGUCUUCGAGUUUGGGAAAAACUUGUGUUCUAUGCACCUGUCUGAGGAUGAGAUCGCCCUGUUCUCCGCCUUUGUGUUGAUGUCUGCUGACCGGUCCUGGCUCCAGGAGAAAGUGAAGGUGGAGAAACUCCAGCAGAAAAUCCAACUGGCCCUCCAGCAUGUCCUGCAGAAGAACCACAGAGAGGAUGGUAUACUGACAAAGUUGAUAUGCAAAGUGUCGACACUGCGAGCGCUGUGCAGUAGGCAUACAGAGAAGCUUACAGCUUUCAAAGCAAUAUACCCAGACAUUGUGCGUGCCCACUUCCCCCCCUUAUACAAGGAGCUGUUUGGAUCAGACUUUGAGCAGUCCAUGCCCGUUGACGGGUAGCAGCCCUGCCAGGUGCCAGUGUGCCCACCGUAGGGGAAUGUGGAGGAGGAAUCUGAGACACUUUAUUGGUGCCCUGCACAAACCAGAGCGGACAGAUGGCACGCUGUUCAACUUCUUCUUUUACAUCGGAGGGGAGGGCUUGGGGAGUUGAUUCUCAAGGUUUACUUUAUUGAAUUUAGUUCUCUUUGGAAGACUUGUGGGACCUGACACCCCAUGGGACAUGAAGAGGAGAUAGGGACAAAUAAUUUCUGUCUGGUUGAACUUGACCCUCUUUUGCGCAUUUCUAACCUGGAGCACAUGAUUCACAAUUUCAUUCAUUCAUUUUCACCGCUAUUUAUUGCAUCGCUAUUAUUAUGAUUUACCUGUGCAUCUGACUUGUAAUCGUAUAAAAUUAUUUUGGAAUAAAAAUAGCUGGAGACCUCUUCAAUUAGAAGAUAAAUCCACAUCAGUAUUAUUUUUCAGGUUACACUCCCAAAAUAGUUUUAGUAUUUUCAUAUUUAAAACUUUAAACAGUCUUUUCCCUAUCUGCUUCAUACACUAUAUCCCCAACCUAAAUUAUAAUAGCUGAUAAAUGCGCACAUUUUGGUCAAGUUCAAGUUGGUCAGCCUUUUUUUUCUCUUGUGUUCAGUCGUAUCUGUUGGACGCAGUUCCUGGAAUGAAAACUCACAGCGACUUUGAGGGAGAGUCUGUCGGCAUGGUGAUGCAAUCGGCACCUCUCUAUGGACAAUCGUUAAAAAAAAAAAAAAAGAAUUCUGGUAAUUCUAAACACAAUGAUUUUAGCUGUCAAAGACUCCAUCCACCAUUAUUGCAUAGUGAAAUCAUGUAAGGCCAUCUGCUAUUAAUCCUUCUCUGGACAGGUGCCCUGGGGAAGCACAGGGCACCAACACAAUGAAAAGGGUCCAUUCCACCUGUUUUAUAAUGUACUACAGGGUAUAUGGUCAUAAGUACUUACUAUACAGAAAAAAGUAAUGUUUAUAGAAUCUAUUUUAAAUAACAUGUAUGAUAUUAGUAGUUAGACCAUUCUUAAUUGUUGAAUUGAUAAGGCACUUUUAUUUACACCUUUCUUUAAUUUAAGACUUGUAUAUUUACCUAGUGAUGUGUUGCAUGUGCACAAGAAAUACAAGUUGAACCAUGGUCACAGAGGCUAGUCCUGGGAGCUGCAGAUGAUACUGGUCUGGAAAUAUAAGGGCUGUCUGUUAGGGUGGCUGGCGUGGCUGCUAGUUGGUGAACAAAGAGGCAUGGGUGAGAAGGCAGGUUAGAGAAGCUCUAUCAACUGUUACCUAAAAUACCGCCUGCAUGACACUUGCCAAAUGUAGCUCUGAUACUCCUUUUUAGCGAGUGUGCACAUAUACAGUAACAGCCAACAAACCUUGUAGUGAUGUUACAGUCUAUGGCUUUCUUGACCUUUGUUAUGAACAGACCUGUAUUGUAUAAACCUUUUUAAAAUACAAGAAUACAGGAAAACUGUAUUGUAAUGUGAGACAUUUGCAAUACACUGACUUUCAUAUUCUUUUCUAUUAUUUUCUAAAUAUUUGGUACUAAUUUUACUGUGAAAAACCUCACGUUUCAUGUAAAGAAGGCCACAAGAAAACAUAAAAACUAGACAUUAUCACAGCCAGGUCUUACAAAUCAGCCUUGUGGUUGGACUGGAAAGAUCACACAGUCUGUAAUCCAAUUGUUCCAUCUAGUGGAAGGUAAAGAUACAGCAAGCAAGUUAACAGCCUAACGACAAAGAAACAAGGUCUAACUUAAAAGCACAUUUAUGAGCCUCUGUCAGAAUGUUUUGAGUGUUUCUUGUUGUUGUUUUUGAGUGACUUUAUCUACCUUCUCACCACAGCCUCAGUCCAGCAAAGCCACAACAGGACACAGAAGGAACAGUGAAGGGAAAGUGAAUAUUCAAAGCCUUGUCUGGUAGUAAAGCUUCUAUUUUUGUAACAUGUUUUGGUUAAUAAACUCAUGAAAGAGAGCGAGGGAGAGAAAAAGAUGUCAGGUAGCACUUAACUAUAUUCCUGCAAUAAUUAGAUUAGCUGUUGUUUGUAUGAUUAGGGGAGAAACAUAAAAAUGGUAGGACAAGUGCUAUUUUCAGAAUGCUUUGUUGUUGUGUUUCUUGUUUUGUUGAGUGUGUCUUGUCAGUGUGGUAGUAAAGUGGUAGAAAAAACCCUGGAUGUGCCAAACAGUAGUCGUUGCUUCCGCUUUCCAGUCUACUCGUCUAUAAUGUAGAAUGGAUUCCUAAGACAUUCCAGCAAUCUCAGUAGCGGCUUCUAGAAAUAUCUUUUAAAAAAGAGCAAAAAAAUAAAAGACAAAAAAUGAUAUCCCUUUAGAAACCCAACAAAGCAUGUUAAUACAUCUGUCACCAACCGUUACAUAGAAUCCAGUUGUUGUCUUUUGUUUUCUGUUUGCACAAUAUCAUUCCUCUGCCGUGCAAUUUGUACAUGGCGUUAAUGCCUUGUGCUGUCACCCCUCAGGGAAGAGUUUCUUUUGCGCUUUCUGCUUUGAGAGGACAUUUGUUUGUACUCAUUAGGUUUAGUUUAUGUUUUUGUCAGGGAUGUUCCAUGUGAUGUGGUUGAGAUUAACAUUUGAAUAUUCAUCAGUGAGGGGUUCAGAAUUUUACAUUAUUGAUCUCCUCAAGGGGCCUCCAGCCACUCAAAGACCACUGCGCCCCCCUACGGUCAUCUCAUUUGUAAAAACAACAAACCCCAUCACUUUUACAAAUGGCAGUUUUAUUAGCACACAGCAUAUUCCUGUCACACAAAAAUCUGUUUUGGUUUCAAAUGGUGUCAUCAGGGUCUUUAAAAAUGAUAACCCUCUUUGUUAGAAAAACCAAAUAUUCUUAUGCAAUAUUAAAUCUGUUGUGUUUGGGUUGUAGUAGAUAUGCUGUACCUAAGUAAUAAUCUCUGUUAUGAUCCAAUGCUAUUUGGAUAUGCACAAGCCCGCUACGACUAGUAAACCUCAGUCUCCCAGCAAAAGAAACCCAGUCUGGAACACUGCUAGACAAUCCAGGUUGAGCGGCCCAGUGGCCUGGCUACAGCAGCGAAGAGGAUGAGGUGCGAACGCUCAGGGAGGUAACAGGUAGACCGAAGAAGCAGCUCGCUUUCCUCUAGACAGUUGCAGAGCAUUUGAUUAGCUCCUCUGUGAAUUUAUGAGGUCUUUAAAAUCUCUUCAAAGCACUCAAUUGAUAAGAAGAGGUGGCAGAGCACACUGAACAUGCAGUACAGCACUUACUGUUCAGAAAAUAAUUAAGAGAUGGAUUUGGCUGAUUUCCUGUUUAUUUGCAAAAAAAUUGAUUUGUUUCUUGAAAAUGAUUCUGUUUUCUUAAGCUGUUGUAAUAUUGCUUGAUGGUCACAUAAAACAAUUCAGUAUUUUCUCAAAUAUGAUCAGCUAAGGUCUACCACCAAAACAGUUCUUCUCUCAUGAAGUGAAAAUCUGUUUUUCAUUCAAGUCUAAAUGGUUGAGUGGCAUGUAAUGUGUUCUACAAUAUAAAGCAAGCAAUAUGCCUUGUGUUACAAUUACGGGUCUCUACAGUGCAGUCAUCAUCGUUUUGAAUUGACUUUAUUUAUUCAGCUGACUCAAACUGAUAAGGUUUACUCUCAGUCUAGAACAAAAAGUAAUAAAGCCCCAUCACUCUGUUUUCAUCUUCUUAUGUACUGGUAUGGUUGGCAGGAUAGCAGAAAAUGGUCAUCAAACACAUGGAUACUUGUGUCUAACUAUAAACUGCGCCUUCACACUGGCCUGUAAAGUGAUGUCCUGUAUAUUCUCACUUGAGGUAUCCCGAUUUAAGUAAGGGAUUGCUAUUCAAUCAGUGUAUAGUAUUCAGUAAAAUGUGCUGGUCCUUCUGUCUCUGCUCUGUUGUCUGUUUGUAAAAAGCAAUAGUGUGUGUGUGCGUGUGUGUGUGUGUGUAUGUGUUUGUUCUCACAGUGUGUGAAUAAAAUAAACCCCAGACAAGGCUUUAAUAAUUACAGAGGAAAAGGGUUAUGUGGACGAAGAGGUCUUGAUUUUAUUUUGGACUUAAAAAAAAAAAAGGUUUUGGAAAUGCUGAGCUUGAUCCAUCCAUAAUAGGUGUAGGUUUUUAAAAGCAUGACAUAAUGCUUUCAACAAUUCAUAGGUCUGCAGAAGGCUGUGAGGCAAUAUUGACCAGCUUCACAGUGAAAACGGGCGUCGCUAUCAGUUUGGACAGUGCGGCCACAGCCUGAGCUGAAAUGAAUUGAAAUGAAUUCUGGACUGUAAACUAUGAAAACGAGUCUUCUUGUGACCAUAAAUUGUGAAGAUCAGAUUAUGUCACGCUUAAAGGUUGUGCUGGUGUGUUACCCAGAAUUAUGAGUCAGUCAUUACAUUUUAACAGAACUCAUUUUCCAAAGCACAGCUGAUAAGGUUUUAUGAUUAAAUGACGUUUAAGAAUAUAGUUUUAAAAAAAAUGAAAAGCAACUUUUAGCCAUAAUCGAAUGUCAAGCAAUAAUAUAUGUCUGUGUAUUAUUUUUGAUUAUUUUGUGCGUAAUAGUCUUUGAACAUCUGCAUGUAAAUACACCUCUUAUUUAUCACUUUUUGGUUUUGUUUUAUUAUGUGUUGAUUUCGUGGAUGUUUUUAUGUUUCAUCUGUAUAUUUGACCAGUUCUGUUCUCAGGUGGAGAACUAAGAACUUGACAUGGCCUGUAUGCUGUAUAUCUUAUUUUCUCUCUCUUUCUCUCUCCCUCAUUCUCGGCUGUUUAUUCAUCAUAUUUAAUGUUAUUAUUGAUCACAUGUAUAAAGGUAGCUUUGUAAUUUCUGUCUGUAUAGGUAAGAGGAAAAUACUGCUACUAAGGCCUACCCAGUGAAAAUAUUUAUCUGUUUAUCAAUUACACCAUAUUGUACGAUAACUCUGUUUCUAGUUUGCUUCCCUCCUUUAGGAUUAGUUUGAUAGAGAUAGGGUGUGGUCUGACAUUUAUUUUGUGUUGCCCUAAUGUGUGGUGCUAGGUAAGUUAAUUUUGUGAACCAAGUAUUGAUUCCCAAGCCUGGCUGCCCUAUUAGUCCAUUCAUUUCAUUGCAUAUAAAUGUAUUAUUGAUAUUAGGACUCAAUAAAUGAUAAGGAUAAUGAAAAUGAUAGUGGUAAAAAUUACCCAGUCAGCACCUGUAUCAGUGUGCUAGUCUUGGGAUAAGGCACUUAUUUCCUUCGGACUUAUAGCAAAGCUAGUAUCUGCUAAUUAACAAGCUUUUUAAGGUUGCUUUUCUGGUUUGUGGAAAAAUGAUAAUAUUCUAACUGAAACAGCAGUAUUGUGUUUUUUCUUUGUCUGAUUGUAAAAACCACUCACUGAGGCUAUAGUUUGUCAGGUGUUAAGAUACUAAAUAUUUACCUCUAUUGUGUCUGCAUAGUUCUUCACCUGAUGCAGGGAAGUGGUGCUUGGAUUUUAUUAAACAGAGCCUCUGUAUGCUUUUGUUAUUCCCCCAUUUUAGACUAUCCUGAAAGUGGUUUCUUCAGACCAGUGGCAUAAACCUUUUGCACCACAUGAAGUGUUACAAAUGUACAUGACAGAAUUGCCAUUUGAGGACAAAGUUGACCUUUUCUCUCCACUCUGUAGCAAAUAUCAGUGAGAAUAUGCUUGCAAUAAUACACAACGUAUCACACUGAGUGCCUCUCGGUGUAACAAGAUGCAUACAUGGUUUUGAUUGUCUUUUUUUGUGGUUUUCCAGACGUGUACUGAAGUGACAAUGUAUUUUGUACAUGAGAAUGAAUUCUCACUCUCACAUGCUUCAAAUGUUUUUUCAGAUUCUUUCUUUAUGUGAUGUUAAUCCUUUUCACUUGGGUUGAUGCGCUAUGUUAAAGGAAUUCAAUGUAUAGAUGGUCUGUUUAGAGUGUACAUGUCACCCCUCACCUUAUUUGAGAAACAUAACUGAAUGGUCAAAUAAUGCUCGCAGAUAAUAUUACAGAAAAGUUCACCUGCACAUUGUAUUUUUUAUUUUUGUUUUUUGAUUAGGCAAAAACUAACAGGCAAUCCACAUUUCUUCACUUUCUGUUUGUUUUAUAUCAACUUUUUUUCUAUUUCACCAAGAACAGAAGAUUUACUAAUGCAUUGUAUAUCAAGUAUUGUAUGUGUUUGUAAAAGAGGCAUACAACACAUCUGGAUUUCUUUAAUGUUCUCUCUUCAGUGAACGCUCAGUCAGUUGGGGUAACUUAACAUGAAGGGUGGGCAGAGGGGUGGAUUCUGUUUCCAUGCAAAAGCAGUACAAAUUAUGGGAAAGCCGAAACUAGUGUGUGGUUGUCACAAAUUUCUAAGUCACAUGUUUGCUACUGAUGUUAAAAUGGGGGGACAGAUGAUCAUGUACCUUUUUAUCCAACUCUUUUGAACUCUCUUUAGCAGGUAGUCUAUUCACAAACGUAGUUUUGCUCCUUCUUGUCUGAUUCUUAAAUAUGAAAAUAAGUAUUUUGAUUCAUUUUGUAAAUACAGCUGUAAAGAAAAAUAAGAAAUUUAAUGUUGUCUUUUAAAUACUUUUCAUUCUAAUAUGAAUGUUGUUAUAUUGUACUUAGAAACUGUACCUUUAAUAUUACCUUUAUUAAAAGUGCAUUGGACACAUCGAUUUUAGAUGUGCUUUAUGUGCUGUUAUCCCAUAAUAAAAUUUACCGCUUGUAAUGGG